AUGUCUAAUAUUCGAUAUGAAUUGAUUUAUGAAUUGUGUUUGAAAGCACAUAUGUCAUUUGAUUAUAAUAUUUACAAUGAUAUACACAAACGAAAUAAAUUUCAUGAACAAUUAUUUUUAUCUAAUAAAUCUCUUACAGAUGAUGAAAAAACUAAAUUAAUAAAAAUAUUAUGUCAAUUUUAUGAUCGAAAUAAUAUUAUUUAUAAUUCAGGAACAAAAAGAGUUUGUGAAAAUUGUAAUCAAGAAUGUUUAGCUACAUCAUUUUGUGAAUAUUGUGUUCGAAAUUAUUUAAAAGAAAAUUUUUUAAAUUGGACAUCUGGAAAUGAUGAUAUUGAUAAUUUAAUACAAAAAUGUCAAAUGGAAACUUUCAUGCCGAAUAAAGUAAUUGAAUGGAUUCCAUAUAAUAAUUUUAAAAACAUUAAUUAUCUUACAAAAGGUGGAUUCUCCGAAAUUUACACUGCAGAUUGGAUUGAUGGAUAUUAUGAAGAAUGGGAUUUUAAAAAUCAACAAUUAGUAAGAAAUGGAACUCAAGAAGUUAUACUUAAGAGAUUAGAUGAUGCUGAAAGUAUAAAUCGAACUUGGUUUGAAGAGGCUAAAUCCCAUUUAACUAUAGGCAAUAAAUGGGUAGAUAUUGUCCGUUGUUUUGGUUUGACAAAAGAUCCAUUAAAUGGAAAUUACAUGCUUGUAAUGAGAAAAAUGGAUAUGGAUUUAAGAAAAUAUUUACAACAAAAACAUAAUCAACUUACAUGGAAAGAAAGGAUUAAGAUUAUUUCUGAAAUAACCAAUGCACUUUAUAGAAUCGUUAAAGAAAAUGCAAUUCACAGAGAUUUACAUUCAGGAAAUAUUUUGUAUUUACGAUACCUUGAUUAUUGGCUUAUUGGUGAUCUUGGAUUUUGUGGACCUGCUGAUAAAUCAUCAAAGUCUAUAUAUGGAAAUCUUCCUUAUAUAGCACCUGAAAUAAUUGCUGGAAGUGAAUACACUUUUGCAUCUGAUAUAUAUAGUAUUGCAAUGCUUAUGUGGGAAGUCUCAUCUGGGCAACCACCAUUUAUAAAUUAUGAACAUGAUUAUAGUCUAGCAAUGAGGAUUAUUAACGGCAUGAGACCAAAAAUUGUGCCAGAAACUCCUUUAGAAUAUAAACUAUUAAUGAAACAAUGUUGGAAUGCUGAUCCAUUAAAAAGACCUAAUAUAAAAACGUAUAGGAAGCAGAUAAGAGAAAUUCAUUUAUCAUAUCAAAAUAUGGAAAAUGAAUUAUUAAAACCAAAAGUAUAUAAACCUAAUGGUUUAGAAACAAAUUCUACAAAUAGCAGAUUGUUUUCAAGUAAUAUUUAUAAAUUUGAAAAUUUACCCGAACCAAAGAAUGCGACAGAAGAAGAGCAAGAAGUAUUCUACAGUAAAUCAUAUGGUUUUAAGAUUCCUGAUAAUAUUAAUGAAUUUAAUAAGUCAGAUAUUCAGAAUGUGGAUAUUUCUAUUAAAGUUAAUAGUAAAAAAUUGUCCAACAAAAUAUUUGAAAUGUCACAAGUAAAUCUAAAUUAUGAUAUUCGAGAUUAUUAUAAAAAAGAAGCAAUACAACAAAUACAACAAAUAAAAAGAGCGAAUAUUAAUAUUAAUGAUGAGAAUGAAAUAUAUAAUAAUCCAAACCUUCAUUCAAAAGAACAAAAUAUAUUGGAAAUUCCUGAUGGUUAG